GUUUCCUUUCCCAGCCUGUAGCAAACUAGUCACCCAUCAAAUCAUAGACAUAGUCGAAGUCGCAAAAUUCGUCCUUAUUAUAGUUAUAGUUAUAGUAAUAGUAGUACAUAGUUUGAAAAUUUGAUAGGGACGAAGCACGGGAUUUUGGUGAUAAUACGAUAUCCAUUGGUUUCCACGACAUCCUCAAACACCCAAAAUUGACAUUCUCACGACUCAUGGACAGUGGAGUGUGGAGUGUACAGUGUAGUAAAUUCCCAACUUCCAAGGCCCUACUUCGCUUUCUGCCUCUGAAUAUCAAAAGUACACACAACAGAAUCCACACCCUUUUCAGCUAAAACCUCCAAUUACCCCGUUGCUGCAUCCAAACCAUGUCUACCAUCAUUCUCAGAGACCAUAGAGUAGCAGCAGGGGCGUAUGAUGCACUGCUUAAGCCAAGCUUUCGUACACCCACUUGGAAGAAGCUUCAUAAUUCCCAUCUGGUGAAAGGCCACUUUUAUCUAACCAAGAGUGGAGGAAGCUGUGCAAUUCGAAGAAAGUUGCGGGGUCCAGUUGUUGCUGUUUUAGAACUUCCCUUAAGCCUUCAAGCGUCCAGAAGAAGGAACUCUAAAAUAUUGUGCAAUGCUACAACAGACAUUUCUGGUGAUAUUCCUGAAAGUGCUGGUGAGCUGAGCCAGUACGAGAAAGUGAUUGAAAUAUUAACAGCUCUUUUUCCUGUGUGGGUCAUCUUGGGGGCCAUCGUCGGCAUUUACAAACCAACUGCUGUAACUUGGUUGGCGACAGAUCUUUUUAGUCUUGGCUUUGGUUUCCUCAUCCUCUCUAUGGGCUUGACAUUGACAUUUGAGGAUUUCAGACGGUGUCUGCGAAAUCCGUGGACUGUGGGUGUAGGGUUUCUUGCACAAUAUUUAAUUAAACCCAUGCUAGGCUUUGCCAUUGCAAUGACUCUAAAACUUUCAGCUCCUCUUGCAACUGGUCUUAUUUUGGUCGCAUGUUGUCCUGGAUGUCAGGCAUCAAAUGUUGCAACAUUCAUAGCCAAGGGAAAUGUUGCACUCUCUGUUCUUAUGACAACGUGUUCAACUAUUGGAGCUAUUAUAAUGACCCCACUCCUUACAAAGCUUCUUGCCGGUCAACUCGUUCCAGUUGAUGCUGUUGGCCUGGCACUUAGUACCUUUCAGGUUGUUUUAGUCCCAACGAUUGUGGGAGUUUUGGCAAAUGAGCUUUUUCCCAAGUUCACUUCAAAGAUAAUCACCGUUACUCCUUUGAUAGGAGUCAUUUUGACCACUCUCCUUUGUGCAAGCCCAAUUGGGCUAGCUUCAGACGUAUUAAAAGCUCAAGGAGCACAACUAGUAUUGCCAGUUGUUUUCCUACAUGCUGCUUCAUUUGCUCUUGGAUAUUGGGUUUCAAGAAUAUCAUUUGGUGAAUCCUCGUCACGCACUGUAUCUAUAGAGUGUGGGAUGCAGAGCUCUGCAUUUGGAUUUUUGCUUGCUCAGAGGCACUUUACAAACCCUCUUGUAGCUGUUCCUUCAGCUGUUAGUGUUGUCUGCAUGGCGCUUGGUGGGAGUGCUCUUGCUGUGUUUUGGACGAACAGACCAAUUCCCCUCGAUGACAAAGAUGACUUCAAGAAAUGAAAAUGUGUAACUUCUAUGCAUAUUUUCUUUUGUAGGAAAAAUUUUUUAUUAGUUGUUUGAGAAAAAAAAUGAUUUCUGAAUUCACUUUAGUAGUCACUCACACAUGUUAGAACAUUAAGAAUUUAGGAUGAGUCUAUAACAGGGAGUGUGGCAACCCCUUACUUUGAGAAUCGCACUGCGAUUUUUACUUUUUUA